AUGGAGACAGUCUCCAAGAUCCCUUCUACCUCUAUUAUUCUAUGAUCCUGUGAGUCAAGAUUCAAGGCUGUUACAUUUUAAUUGCAUCCAGGAUGUAUUAAUUCUGUAACAUUUACUGACUACCUACUUUAUAUAAGGUCUGAUGGAGGACACUGUGGGGGUCACACAGACAUGGAAAAUAGUCCCCAAUAUUGAAAGAGCUCCAAGUGCAAUAACCAUAGAAUUCAGAAAUAUAGGAAAUAUCAGGGCAACAUCUUGGGAAGGAGUGGCAGGUACCAUGUCCAGCCACAAAGGUGGCAAGAAGUGCCUGAAGCAGCCCAAGAAGCAGGUCAAGGAGAUGGACGAGGAAGGUAAGGCAUUCAAGCAAAAGCAAAGAGAGGGGCAGAAGAAAUUUGAGAAGCUAAAAGUGAAGGCUUUGGAGAAGGGGCCCCUGCCCACAGGUAAAAUUAAGAAAUCUGGCAAAAAAUUCCUGAGCUGUUCCUUGUGCCUGGGGCUGUGGUGAUCCUUCAUUCCAUUCCUGUUUUAACAUCUGGAUUCCCUGCCAUAACAUCUCUUACCACCUAUAGCUAGAAUGAAGUGUUGUCUUGGAGCCUGUUGUUGUACAUUUAAGAAUAAACUUUUGUAAAAAAAAA